AUGGCUGCUUCCGGGAUCCACUGUAUGCAGAUUAACUUGCAUCAUUGUAAAGGCGCUUCGGCGAUUCUAGCCAGGAACUUUGCAAGGAUGCAGGCAGCUAUAGCCUUUGUUCAAGAACCUUGGGUUUACAAGGGUAAGAUUAGAGGUCUAAGUGGCUGUGGGGUGCUAGUUAGUUCACCACAGGAACCAGUUUCAAGGGUUUGCCUGAUCUAUAAAGGUCUAGAUGCUUUCCGUCUAUUGGAAUUAACUACCAGGGACUUAGUUGUUGUUAAGGCUAAGUACCUAGAAAAGAACGGAAAUAAAAGGGAGGUUGUAGUAGCUUCCGCAUAUUUUCCGGGAUCGGGGGAUGACCCCGCACCACCUACAGAGGUGGAGAAGUUGGUAGAUUACUGUCAACGGCAAGGUCUCCCUUUGAUAAUAGGUUGUGAUGCCAAUGCGCACCAUGUCGUAUGGGGCAGCACUGACAUUAACGACAGAGGCAGAAGACUUUUAGAUUUUCUGAUAGAUACAGAUUUAGAUAUUUUAAAUCAGGGUAAUGAGCCGACUUUCGUUACUGUUAACAGAAAAGAGGUGUUGGAUAUUACGAUCUGUUUCAAGUCUUUGUGUGGUGGCGUGAGGGACUGGAGGGUGUCUGAUGAAGAUUCCCUCUCGGACCACAGGCUUAUAACGUUUAGAUUGGAAUCGAAGGAUCGGGAACAGGAGUGGGGACGUAAUCCCAGGAGUACUGACUGGGCUUCAUAUAUUGAAGACCUUAAGACCUCCAUGGCAUGCUUUUCCACUUCGUAUGGAACGCGGGAGGAGUUGGAGCUUGCAGCGGAAUACCUGCGAGAUUCUAUUAUCUGA